AUGCCCUUUCUCCGCUCUCCCUGCCCCUUUCUCCCCACUCCCUCCUCCUCCCCUUCUCCCCACUCCCUCCUUCUCCCCUUCUCCCCUCCUUCCUCUUCACCUUGUCCCCUCCCUCCUCUUCGCCUUCUCCCCUGCCCACUCCUCCCGUUCCCCCUAGGAUCAGCAGUUCAGUGGCACGACGGGCAUUUCAGUGGCACUACAGGGUAUGGUCACGGGGACGCAGGAGGCAGAGAGGCGCUUGACUCUGCCUUUGCUCAGAUCGUUGGCGCCGAGGCAGCGUGUGUGCGCGCACAGUUCUUCUCAGGCACACAUGCAAUCGCUGCUGCCCUUUAUGCCGUUCUGCGCCCUGGGGACGAGCUGCUGUCAGUGGCAGGGGCGCCGUAUGACACAAUGGAGGAGGUGAUUGGGCUCAGAGGCACGCCGGGGCACGGGUCGUUGAAAGAAUUUGGGGUGUCGUACCGACAAAUAGAGUUGACAGACGAAGGCACCCUGGACUGGGAUGCUCUCAGCACACCAGGGGCGGUGGGAGAGCGAACGCGCUGUGUGCUGGUGCAGCGAUCGUGUGGGUACUCGCUAAGAGAAACACUUACAGUCGAGCAAAUCGGGCACGUUGUGGAAAUUGUGAAGGCCCAGAACCCAUCAUGUGUUGUUGUGGUGGACAACUGCUAUGGGGAGUUCAUUGAAGAGAGAGAGCCGACCCACGUGGGCGCAGACCUUAUAGCGGGGAGUCUUAUAAAGAAUCCAGGAGGGACGAUAGCCCCCAGUGGGGGGUACGUGGCAGGGAGGGCCGACCUGGUGGAGGCUGCUGCUGCUAGGCUGGCUGCUCCUGGCAUCAGCUCGGGCGCAGGAGCAACAAGUGGGGAGGUGAUGCGGCUGAUGUUCCAAGGGCUGUUCCUGGGGCCGCAGAUGACAGGCGAGGCCAUCAAGGGCAGUCUACUCGUAGCAGAGGUGAUGGCGAAUGAGGGCUUCUCUGUUCAUCCCGAGCCCCGAGCGCGGCGGAAAGACAUCAUCCAGGCAGUCAUUCUCUCCUCGCCCGCGCGCCUGCUCGCCUUCUGCCAAGCCGUGCAGCGGCGGUGCCCUGUUGGGGCCUACAUCAAGCCGACAGCCGGGGUGACAGCAGGGUAUGAGUCGGAGGUGGUCUUUGCUGAUGGGACCUUCAUCGAUGGCAGCACCAUCGAGCUCUCCUGUGAUGGCCCCCUCCGCCCUCCAUUCGCUGUCUUCUGCCAG